CAACUAUGAAGCAAAACCUGAGAGUUUAUUCAGGGGCCGCCUUAUCUUCUUUGAAGACGUUUCUCACCAGCGUCACAGGGAGGUCUGGAGACUCUUUCCUUUCUACGAACUGUGGACAUGGGUGGCAAACAGUCCACAGUGGGCGAAGUCUCCAUAAUUCAGACACCUGUGACAGAAAGCAUUCAGGAUGCUUACAAAGCUGGAGACACCAGUAAGGCCCAAGAGUUGAUUAAGUUGUCAUGCGAGGAGGCUGCACUGCAAGUGGAAAAGAGUCAGCUUUUAGGUAUCGCAGCAGCGUAUGGAGAUCUGCAGGCGGUGAGAUAUUUACUGAAGGAAGCAUUAGUGGUGUUACCAACAGAACCUAACGAUGACAACGCAGCGGUGGUGGCUGCGUAUUUUGGACAUAAGGACAUUGUGAAAGAGCUGCUGGAUUCCUUGCACGGUCCUACUACUUGCCAGCAACUCCUGAACUGGAUGCUGGCCAUAGCCUGCCAGCAGGGACAUUUGGAUGUAGUAAAACUCCUAAUUCGUGCAUACAGCGCUGACCCAGAGAGCUGUGCAGUCAGAAGGAAUGAGUUUCCAGUUCUUAUACGGUUGCCCCUCUAUGCUGCUAUAAAGGCAGGGAAUGAAGAUAUAGCUGUGUUUUUAUUACGGAAUGGAGCUUUCUUCUGUUCCUACAUCCUGAUGGACAGUCCUGAAUACAGCAAGCACCUGCUGAGGAAGUAUUUCAUUGAGACGAGCCCACUACCAGGUAGUGCUCCAGCUAAAACAGCUUUGUGUGUGAACUGGUCAAACCUCAAACUGCCCUGGGUGGAUCUGGACUGGCUGAUUGAUAUCUCCUGUCAGAUAACUGAGCUUGACCUCUCUGCCAACUGCCUCGUCUCCCUUCCAUCCGUGAUCCCAUGGGGCCUGAUAAACCUCAGGAAGCUCAGCCUGGCUGACAACCAGCUGACGGAGUUACCCAGCGUACAAUCAUCGGAUGAAAUUAUCUGUACAAGGUUACUCGAGGUCGACGUCUCAAGCAACAGGCUCUCUACUCUCCCUUCUGGAUUCCUACAUCUUAAAAACCUUAAAAAACUCAUCGCUUCCAAAAACUAUAUGGAGAAGUUAUUUGACGAGGAAACCACAACUAAUUGGAUUGGUUUAAGGAAGCUGCAGGAGUUUGACGUCUCUGACAACAGGUUGGUGGAACUUCCAACGGUUUUUCUAUACUGCUUCAAGUCCCUAAACAUACUGAAUGUUUCCAGAAAUCAGCUGAAAGUGUUUCCAGAUCCCUGGGCCUGCCCCCUGAAAUGCUGUAAGGCAUCUAGAAACUCAAUAGAGUUCCUGCCUGACGCAUUGACUAUUUUCUGGAAAAAUCACCUCAGAGAAGUGGAUUUUUCAGAGAACUUAUUAAAAGAAGUUCCACCGGGGCUAUUCCAGCUUGAAGCUUUGGUGUCCCUGAAGCUGCUGGGAAAUCAGUUAGUUGCAUUGCCUUCACAAAAUAAGUGGAAUUGCAAACAACUUAAAUCGCUGGAUCUUUCAAAAAACCAACUUGGGAAGAGCGAUGAGGGAUUUAAAACGAAGAGGAUUCCCUUUUUCACCACGAAGAGCAGGGUGCUGCGUGGCGGCCCGGAGGCAGGUCCUUUUUUGGAGUUUCCAGCAUUUCUGAGUGAUUCUCUGGAAGUCCUUUAUCUGAACGACAAUCAGCUGGACUCUGUCCCGCAGUCCGUUUGCCUUCUGAAAGGUUUAACAGAACUUUAUUUAGGAAAUAACCCUGGUAUCCGAGAGCUUCCUCCAGAACUUGGACAGCUGGCUAAUCUCUGGCAGCUGGAUAUCGAGGAACUAAAUAUCAGUAACGUUCCUGCAGAGAUCAGAAAAGAGGGCCCUAAAACAGUGCUGGCAUACUUACGAGCGCAGCUGCGCAAAGCGGAGAAGUGCAAGCUGAUGAAGAUGAUCAUCAUCGGUCCUCCACGGCAGGGAAAGUCGACGCUGAUUGAGAUCCUACAGACAGGGAAAGUCCCUCAGAUGAUGCACAGCGACGCCACCGUACGCACGACAAAAUGGGAGCUCCCCAAGCCCGUGGGACACAAGGCAAAGGUUGAUUCAGUGGAGUUCAACGUCUGGGAUAUCGGAGGCCCAGCGAGCAUGUCUACAGUCAAUCAGUGUUUCUUCACAGACAAAGCAUUGUACAUCGUGGUAUGGAACUUGGCACUGGGGGAAGAAGCUGUGGCAAACUUACAGUUCUGGUUGCUGAACAUCGAGGCCAAAGCUCCAAAUUCAGUGGUGUUAGUGGUGGGAACACACCUUGAUUUAAUUGAAACUAAAUUCCGCGUUGAGAGGAUAGCAACUCUGAGGGCAUACGUCCUGGCUCUCUGUCGGUCUCCCUCUGGAUCCCGAGCAACUGGCUUCCCAGACAUCACAUUCAAGCACCUGCAUGAGCUCUCGUGUAAGACUCUGGAAGGUCUCGAUGGACUCCGACAGCUGAUUUUUCAUGUCACUUGCAACAUGAAGGACGUCGGCAGCUCGAUUUGCUCGCAGAAACUUGCAGGGAGAUUGAUACCGAGAAGCUACCUUAGUCUUCAAGAAGCUGUCCUUGCAGAACAGCAUAGAAGAAGUCAGAAUGAUGAUGUGCAAUAUUUAACAGACAGACAAAUAGAACUGAUUAUUGAGCAAACACCUGGAAAUGAUAUCAAAGACUAUGAAGACUUGCAAACUG